AUGGAAGAGGUGAGAGAUGUUCUGCUGCAAUAUACGAAAUGUGCGGACCCAACUGAGAGAGAAGCAAGACUAGAACGAGUAAGGCAAGCAGAGGAACAAGGGCAGAUGGAGGAAAAUGCCCUGAUGAUGGUACGUGCCUCUCAGAAUGCAAGUGCUGCUGGCCAAAAUGCAACUCCGCCCAAUGAUACACCUGAGAGAAUCCCCGCUACCCAACGUCUGGGACCUGAUCCUCACCACCACACUGAUAACUCAGGGAAACUCCCACCACACCCAAGCUCUACUUAUCGGGAAAGACUCCCUGCUACUCUCCGACUAGGCUCCCAGACUCCGCCUAUAGAGCACACAUCUGAGGUUAUUGGUGAAACGCAGAAUGCUGGGAACAUUGGAAGACUACCAAUGACUUUAAGGCUGGGCCCAUGUCUGGUCACAGACACGGAGGGAGGAGCUCCUAGCGCUCCAAUAGCUGGGAAAAGGAAGCCAAGACGCCCCCCUGGGAAAAACAAGAGCUUAGACAUCGCCACCCUACCUACAGGGACAGCACCUAGUAAGCGGAAAGUCCUGAAAUCUAAGCCAUCCCCUGUUUGGAGGAGUACAACACAAAAGACUGGUCAGACCGCAAAAGCUAGCAAGACAAGCAGAGCCAGGAAGGGUGAGACUUCUAGAGCCGAAAGGGAUCAGGACCAAGUAGCUUCAGCAUCGGAAAAUGGGUUAGGGAAUCCCCGGACAGUUCGACGCCUAGGAGAUAUAUCUAAGAAGUAUGAUCCUGAUAUUAUCUUCAUCAUGGAAUCCAAAAAUCCCAAUGAUGUUGUGCUAAAGAAGCUUGAACAUCUACGAGUGCACUAUGACUGCCAUCACCUGGUCUCCCCAACUGGACAUGGGGCGGGAGGAUUAGGACUGUUUUGGAAACGUGAACUAAACCUUCAGGUGCUAGAAUUUACCACCAAUGUAAUGGACACAAUCGUCUCUUAUGAAGGAAAAUCCUUUUACUCCUCAUUUGUUCAUGGAAGUACGAUUCGAAAUGAGAGGAAUCUCUUAUGGGAACGACUUCUAGAGAAAGCCUCAGGCCAUGAAGAACCCUGGUUUAUAACGGGGGACUUCAAUGAUAUAAUUUGCGGCGAGGAAAAGGAUGGGGGCGUGAUAAGACCAGAGGGCUCCUACUCCGACCUCCGCACUUUCUUCUCUGAAGGUGACCUGUUCGAUCUCCAACACUCGGGAGACUUUCUUUCCUGA